UCUAUGUGAUCACAGGCAUAAGUAAAAAUGGCCGAAAAUGUUGGCCAAAGUGAUAAAGAAGAAGCUGGUGGGAGUGGCUGUGUUUUUACAAGUAAACAGAGAACCGAGUAUUUUGAUGAAUUAGAGAAAUGGCUUCUAGAUGCAUACGCAUGGCACAGUUUUGUAGCCAGUUUCCCUUACUUAGUUACAACUAGUCAAAUGUUGCAUGCUGCUAACCCAGCUGCAAGUUCAAAUGUUGGUGCUACAACAGCAAAUGCAGAUAUCCCACCAAACAGUCAGACUGCCAAUUAUGAAGGAGCACAUCAAAGAAGAGUUACUGAACCUGCACCAGUAUCCGCAGCUGCAUUACUUCAACCUGGAGUCACUGGUGUUACUUACAAGAUACCACCAGUGUGGAAGAGGUUGGCUGCAGAAUUCAUUGAUUCCAUGUUGUUGUUUAUACUAAAGUUGUCUAUAACAUUUAUAGCUGUGGAUGUUUUCGACUUUAUAAACUUUGAGAGGUAUUAUCUUGAUAUGCUUCAUGCAAACUUGAAAAUUGAUUACAAAAUGGCAUUGGAAUUGACAUCUGGACUCUUGGUUCUAGAGCUUAUUCAUAGAAUAUUUGUUUGUAUAUUCGAGGCAUCUUGGCUUCAACACGGGAGAAACGGGCGAGUUGGGGGAGCCACUCCAGGAAAGUCGAUAAUGAAACUAAAAGUUGUACUUUGUCAGAGUGUCACGUCAAUUGGUCGUCCAGAAGAUGAAUUAGUUUUAGUUGUUCCUGGAACCGACUUGGGCCUUUUGCCGGCAUUAGGGCGAUCUUUAUUAAAAAAUUUAAUUCUAGCAUUUUUCGUUCCAAUAUGUUUCGUCUUGUGCUUUUUUAAAUACAACAGAACAAUAUAUGACAUAUUUUGUAAUUCGAUUGUUGUUGAGGAUUCGUACAGAAACGGAAAUAAUAACAUAUAUAAUGACAACAACAAUAAUUUCAACAAUAACAAUAUAAACAAUCAAAGAGUUCAUCAAGAUUGAAAAUAAAAUUUGGCCAAAGAUAAUCCACAGUGUAAAUAACUUUGUAUCAUAAUGUAUACAUGGAUGAGUGAUGUGAUUAAAAUAUUGCCAUUACAAGUCGCUUGCAAACAUGUGUAACUAGAUGUUCAUAAACACUCGGCCAGUUUACGGA